UCUUCUUUUUUUCUUUCAAACAUGACACGAUUAGCUUUUACUACAAAAAUGGCACGUACUAAGGCGGAAUCGGAGAAACGUAUGGCUCCAAUCAAAAGGGUCGUUUGUAAUGAUGAUGAUGAUGAUGAUGGUCAUGCUGGUAACAGUGGUUCUGGUCGAGGUGGUGGUGGUAGGGAGGAUUUGGAGAUUGGGGAGGAGGAGGAUGAACACAAUAAUGAUGAGGAGGAGGAUGAUGGAAAUGGUGGUGGUAGUGGUGAUAAGGAUGAUGAUGAUGAUGGUAAUGAUGUUGGUGAUAAGGAGGAUGAAAAGGAUGAUUCUACCAUUCUUAAGCUUGUGAGGGAACAAAUGAAUCUUUUUGCAAACGCACUGUGUUGCUCGGCCGACAAAGGGGAAGUGUUCGAUCCUGACAAGCAACGUCGGUACACUGAUUACUGCAGACACGUUGAAAAUACCAAUUCAAAGAAAAUGUUUGCUGAGCUGGCUAAGGAAGAUAAGAGGACCAAGAAAACACGUAGCCAACUAGGAAAAUAACGUGUUGAACAGGGACAAGGUAGCCAUCACCCACUUGAUGAACAAGGCAGUAGAGAAGAUGGUGGUUCCCCAGUGGGCUGUGCAAAUUAGGGUCCUAAUAGAAGAUGUAAAGUUAGACGAUCAGGGAGGUACUAGGGGUUGCUGUCGAAAUGAACUUAUGUUUUAUGUUACUUUUGACUUGAACUUAUGUUUCUUAACUUUUCUUAGAUGCAACUA